AUGGCGGAAGAGGAGAGCCAGUUUGAAGAAUUUGAGCAAAUAGACUUUUUAAGAGAUAGACAUGUACGAUUCUUCCAGAGAACGCUUCAGGUGUUACCCGAGAGAUACGCCUCGCUGGAAACAACCAGGUUAACGAUUAUAUUCUUCGCCCUUUCUGGCCUGGAUGUGCUGGACGCUCUGGAUGUGAUUGAUAGAAAUGUAAUGAUCGAGUGGAUCUACUCAUUGCAGGUUCUGCCCACAGAGGAUCAAUCUAACCUAAGUCGCUGUGGGUUUCGAGGAUCGUCACAUAUUGGUAUUCCUUACAGCACUAAGGGUCCAGGUGUGCUCCAUCCAUAUGACAGCGGCCAUGUAGCCAUGACAUACACUGGGCUGUGCUCUCUGCUGAUACUGGGAGACGACCUGAGCCGGGUCAACAAACAGGCCUGUCUGGCUGGUCUCAGAGCACUGCAGCUGGAGGACGGCAGUUUCUACGCAGUGCCAGAAGGAAGUGAAAAUGAUAUACGGUUUAUCUACUGCGCAGCCAGUAUCUGUUACAUGCUGGACGACUGGUCAGGCAUGGACAUCCAAAAGGCCAUCGAGUACAUCCGUGGAAGUUUGUCCUACGACAAUGGGUUCGGCCAGGGAGCAGGGCGAGAGUCACAUGGUGGCUGGACGUACUGCGCCAUAGCCUCUCUGUGUCUGAUGGGUCGACUGGAGGAGGCGCUGAGUCAACGGGAGCUGGACAGGAUCCGGCGCUGGUGCAUCAUGAGGCAGCAGACCGGCUUCCACGGGCGCCCCAACAAACCUGUAGACACAUGCUACUCCUUUUGGGUGGGAGCUACACUAGAGCUGUUAGACGUGUUCCAGUAUACGAACUUCGACAAGAACAGGAGCUUCAUCCUGUCUACGCAGGAUCGGUUAGUGGGAGGAUUUGCCAAGUGGCCGGACAGCCAUCCAGACCCUCUCCAUGCCUACUUAGGGCUCUGUGGUCUGUCUCUGAUCGGGGAGCCCAAUCUGAGGAAGGUCCACGCAGCUCUUAACAUCACCCAGAGAGCCUUUCAGCACCUCCAGCAGCUGCAGCAGACAUGGAAGGACAGCACCGGCAGCUGCAGCAGACAGCACUGACAGCGGGAUGAUCCACAGCUCUGCCUUUGAACAGGUUCAGUAACAGUAGUCAGUCAAAGGCAAUUGGACUCCUGCUUCAGGUCUGGAAGAUGUUUUUUGGCCCCCCUCAUCUGAGAGGCCUCCUCAUUUCCGGAACCUGAACGUUUUUUUUUUUUUUAAGACUCCAGUUACAAAGAGUAACACUGCAGAGCUCAUUUUAAGUGACUUUUCUGUUGAGCAAUACACGCCACACCUUUUUUUUUGGCUGCCUUUUUAUUAGUAGACUGUAGUAAAUAACAAUGUGCAUUUUGGUUUGUGAGAGUAACAUAAUGUGCCAGAAAGUCAAAUGUGAGUCACUGGAGACUUGAAGAAAUUCGAGAUGCCUCAAUUUCUUUUUAGAUAGUGAUGUUUGGGAAGCUUCCUGCUCCUAGGCCUCAUCGUGAUAGUCAACAAACUCAGUGUGCUGUAAACCCGUCUAGCCGAGGAUGAACGCAACUGAGGAACAUCCUGAAAGUAAACGUCAUUCACAGUUAGAGGACAAACCCUCAGGAGCAAACAUCUAAAUUCCGGUUCUGGAGUAACUGGCAGCUUCAGUAUCUGAAGUUUUGUUUAAUAUUAUUUGAAUCAACUGGAAAUACUUUGCCAUAGCUUAAUAACGUCUCUUACGUGCUUAAAUAGAACAAAUAUUUCCUCAUUUUUGUUCACAGAAAAGUAGGUUUGAACAAGAUCAUAUGUUUCCUUUAGAUCAUCCCUACGUUGUUAACAAAAACCACUCCCGAGGCUUCAUCCUCCCUGUACAGUAUUUUUUUUUUGCCUCUCUGCCCUCCUAACAUCUCCAUCCUUACAAAGCCUCGCGCUCUGCAGUCCCGAAGGUGCUACCAGCCCUGCAGGUGAACUCUCCCGUGUCUCUCCCUUCAGUUUCACCACUGCAGGCUUUGUUUAUUCAGCGAUCAAGAGAGAUUAAAAAUGAUAAUAGAACUGCUUAGGUGAAAUUCAUGGCAAAGUCGGCUGAGAGCCAACAAUCACCCCAAAGGCCAAAUCUACGACUUAUUUAUCGUUGAGAGAGGAUUAAAGAAUGAGUUUCGCUGCAGGCCUUAUCAUCCCAGAUCACAGAGAAUGUAAUUUAGUGUUCUCGUUUUUUCUUGAGGCUAAUAAAAAAAUAGCUUGGGCCUCUUAGGAGAAUUUGGUAAGAGGAGGAAAAUCCCUUCCUUCAAAGUAGCCGUCAAAUUUAGGCGCAGAUCCCCUGACUCCUGCACCCUGAACUGAUCUGAGCUGUACUCCUUCACCAUACCCCUGCAAGGCACCAGCUAGCCUUAAAUCAAUAGGAGACAGAUAAGACGGUGGUAGCAUAACUUGGGGAAAUAUAUUCUUUUUGAACAGCACUGGGAAUUUACUUGUUAUUUUCAGAGACAGAAAGGACGCGGGGCAGAAACAAAGAACAAUGAGCAGAAUGUGUUGCAGAGAGGAAAUGAUUAUUUUCCAACGUGCCGGUCACUUCCCUCCGAGUCCUAAAUAGUCGACCAUUGUCUGCACAGAUGCUCACAGGCGUUAAAGCCACUCGCAGCUCUUAAAAGCCACCUCGCUCACGGCCUUCCUGAGCUGAGAUACAGGUCGGAAAUUUAUGCUUUUAAAUCCUGAUAAGCUCCAAAAAGAUGAUGACAUUCUCAUUUGAGUUGUUCCUCCUGCCCUCUCACCACAUCGCUGCUCUGAUCCCCCCGCCUCCUCCUGCUGAAGCCACACCCUUUCAUUAUAAGAGCGCUGUCACGGCGAACACCUGCUCCUUGAGAUGACGAGCAAGGGAAGAGACAGUAUCACAGCAGGUCAGAAAUACAGCGGCCUGUCUGCAACAUGUUACCUGUGGGAGUCCACUGCGUUUAGCACCAGUUCUGACUGGAUAUUAAAAUUAUAUGGCCCCCGCGGUUUCCGUCCCGCCGUCUAAAAUGAAGCUGUACCUGGCCUCGUCUCCUUUCCUGCCAAGCUCCCCCUCAUUUUUAGAAAGCAGGACAGGCAGACAGAGGAAAGGAGAGAAGAGGGGGGGAGAGGUGAAUAAAUAAAUCAUCUGACCCAUCCAUUAUUGAACAAAAGCUGUCGGAGUCUGGAAUCUCCUCUCUUGAACCCCAACCAAACCCCCCAGUGUUAUAUAGCCUUGUUUUGGUGCAAAAACAUUUGCUUUGUAGCCAACUGCAUCCUGCGUUGGUGUUUUUGUUUUUAUAUUUCUGUUUUUGCUUAAGACAAAAGACUUUGCUCCAGGUACUCUUGCUGAUCUUGUAGACUUCUGUGUUUUGUUUUUUUCUUGUUUGUUUCUCUUACAAACAUUUUGUAAGAUCACCACAAAAUGUUGAUUUCACCUUUGCAAAGGUUCACAUAUGACUUUCAUCGCCGCUGCUGAAUCGAGCCUCAGACUCACAAAUCUUGUGAUACUACAACCUCAAAAAAAAUGUGUUAUAGAUUUUGUCAUUUAGUAGUUUUGCUGUUAUCAAUUUUCUUUACUUAGUUACGAAAUGAUCUAAAUCUGAGACGUCCUGAGUGAGAAAUGUCCUCCAUGAAUCUUCUGAAGUGACUUUCAACUGCUCACACAACCUCCUUCGCCGUGGUUCUGUCCUUAGCGUACGUAGGCCAAGUCAUUUAGCGAGACUACUCACUUAAACUUAAACUCUGAAAUGUGCCUCAUGUCGUGUUGUUCUGGGUCACCGCUCCUUGAAUGCUCUCUCUAUCUACGGCAUGCUUAAAUUGGGCUCUGCUUGGCUGUUUUCUAUCAGGAAGGACACUGGAUACAAGUGUUCUCUGGAGGGGAUGGACGAAAGGUGUUCACUAAGUCCUUGUUAACAUUCAGAAAGUGGAACACCUACUUUGUGAAUGAUUGUUCCUCCGCCUGAGCCUGACUGGUAGAGGUCAUUUUUACCAGAACCUGGCUUUGUCUGUUCUCAUACGGAAGGAGGAAUUCACUGAUACACAACUGGUAGAUGCUUAAUCAACUAUAAAAAAAGGACGAUGGAAGAUUUGGUGGAUGGAUCUGCCAAUGCAGUAUAUCACGUCACCUUUUAUUUUUUUUGUUUGUUGCUGUAACGCACUGCAGUCUCACAGCAUGAAAAGAGGCGACCGUGGCAGCGUGGCUUUGUGCUUUCAGGAUGACUGCGGUGGCGGCUGUCUUUCGGACGGUCCAGAGAUGUGAAAAGAUGCGAGCGGAGAUCUUGAAGUGUUAUGGAAAUGCGGCCAAAAUGCCACAUAUAGUCAACCGUGAACCCUUGCUCUGUCAUCGACUAAUAUACAUAAUGUAAUAAUAAUAAAAAAAAAUGUAACAACUGUAAUGGAAUUUAUUUUUUCUAUGCUUUGUAGAAAUAUUGAGUGUAGAUAAAUAUGUAAAUGUCUAUAAAUAUGUGACCUCUAUUGUGCAAGUGCUCAAGAUGACAACAUGUUUACAGCUACAUCAGUGAGCCGGUGAGAGGAGCUGGAUAUGCAAAUUGUUGAUAUGUGGUGUAUUAUAGUACCUCGGCUUUCAGAAAUUGAGGACAGUGGUGUUGAUGCUAGCUUGGCGGUGCAUACUGUAUUUAUGGUGAUUAAAAAAAAAAACACAUACUAACUUUUA